AUGCUAGUGUACGAGUACAUCUCCAAUGGAACUCUUUCUAAACAUCUUCAUGAAUCUUCCAGCAAACUACCAUGGCAUACUAGAUUGAACAUUGCCAUCGAAACUGCAAGACUCAGGCAUCAUCCACCGGGAUACCAUGUUACUCAUGUUACAACUAUUCCACUAGGAACUCGUGCUUACAUAGAUCCUGACUACUACUUAUCUGGAAAGGUCAGUAACAAAAGUGAUGUCUACAGUUUUGGAGUGGUCUUGCUUGAAUUCAUUGUUAGCAGUGGCAGAGUUAGCAUUUCCGUGUGUGCAGUGUCCCAAGGAACUCAGACCAUCCAUGAAACAGGUGCUAGAGACCCUGGAGGGCAUAAGGAAAGGAAAAUGGGGAUUCAACCAGAUAACAUAGUCUUUAUUCAUACUGCAGAUAAAUUCUUAUAUGAUUUCUGA